GGAACCGGAAAAAGGUCCGUGUCGGCGCGCGGGUGCCGCCGCCGAGGGUGGGAACAGGGUACCGCGUUGGAGCGCCUUAGUGUUAUGAGGAAAGCUGCCGGCAUGUCUGCAGAGCUGGGUGUUGGGCUAGCGCUACUGGCCGUGAAGGAGCGGGUGCAGCAGUCUGCAGCGCGGCGAUCCCGGGAUCUUCCAGCCAUCCAACCCCGGCUAGUAGCUGUGAGCAAAACCAAACCUGCUGAUAUGGUGAUUGAGGCAUAUGCUCAUGGGCAGCGCAGCUUUGGAGAGAACUAUGUUCAGGAGCUGUUAGAAAAAGCAUCAAAUACUAAAAUUCUAUCUUCAUGUCCUGAGAUCAAAUGGCAUUUCAUUGGCCACCUGCAGAAACAAAAUGUCAACAAAUUGAUCGCUGUCCCCAACCUGUACAUGCUGGAAACUGUGGACUCUGUGAAGUUGGCAGACAAAGUAAACAAUUCUUGGCAGAAGAGAGGCUCUUCAGAGAGAUUAAAAGUCAUGGUGCAGAUUAACACCAGUGGGGAAGAAAGUAAGCAUGGACUCCCACCUUCAGAGACAAUGGCCACAGUGCAGCACAUCAAUGCCAAGUGUCCCAAUCUGGAGUUCGUGGGUUUGAUGACCAUAGGGAGUUUUGGACAUGACCUCAGUAAAGGGCCCAACCCAGAUUUCCAGGCUCUGUUGUGCUUGCGGAAGGAGCUGUGCGAGAAGCUCGGCCUCCCCAUUGACCAGGUGGAACUGAGUAUGGGCAUGUCCAUGGAUUUCCAGCAUGCGAUUGAAAUGGGGUCCACAAAUGUUCGGAUAGGAAGUACUAUUUUUGGAGAACGGGAUUAUUCAAAGAAACCAGCUAUGGACAAGGCCAUGACAGGCAUAAAGGCCACGAUGGAGGCAACCCAAGAGCAUUGAACUGAGAAAGGAGAGGAACCAAGCAGCAAACUUCUGCCUCUCGAGGGCCCCGGGGUGGGAACUUUCACUAUGCACUAACCCAAAUCUUACUUUCCACAUGCCAGGUUGUAAUACAGCGUGCUUUUGUUAAGACCCAGGCCCUAGAGCUCUAAUGAUUAUUGAAUUGGUGGGAAUCAUCUUCACUUAGCAUCUUUGACACCUUUGGCCAUUUAGAUCAUUGACUUAGGAUUGCCUCAGAACUGGAGAAUUCAGGCCUUUCAGCAGGAAAGAGACCAAAUCAGAAUGAACCCUCACUCCUAGCCAGAUCUAACUAAUCAUGAAUGCCUUUUGCAAGUAGAAAUGUGUUCACCGAAGCCUAUACUUAUUGCUGUGAGUUGCCCUUGCCCUGAUCACUGGGGGCUUCAUCUCCUUUUGAUAGAGAUGGAGAUCCUCUAGAGCAUGCACCAUAUCUGCCCUGAGACAAGAUUGGUCCCCCCAUCUUCUCUCCCCAUUCAUAAUAACACCCAAAGAUGAUGGUCAGUUUCUUUACUGAAGAAUACAUGACACAAGCAAUUUCAUGGUUCAUAAUGUGCUUUUCACCCAGAAAGCUGCUAAUGAAACCAGAGACUAUGAUUGAUCUUUGUUGUUUUUGGCCUUGGAAAUGGGAUUUGUGACUAGCUGCAGCUCAUCUCCUGUCAUUCUUGGAAGCUAACCCUCUCCCCAGUCAGGUGGCAAUAUAAAUUACUUAGGAUGUAGUCUGCUGGUGGGGUUUAAUAGUGAAUUUUGGUGGUUUUCAAGAAAUGGAGAGAGCCUUUCAAAUCUAGACCAAGGCAGUAGCAUCAAACAGGACUGAUUUUGAGGGCUCCUCCUUACAAAGUAGUUCAUCAUCCAAGUUUAUAUGCACCCUGCUAUAUUUAUAAGUAACAAUUUUGUAAAUUUUCUCAUUUGCUAGUAAAGUAGCAAGGCUUUUGUGAGCAUGAAAAUGGACAAAAUGCAGUAUUUGCAAAUUCAUGAAAAAGACUGUAUAUCUUGAGAACCUCUCCCACAUGUGCACAUACACACAUAUUAGCUUUUCCCUUAAUUUAUUCAGUCCCUGGACUUAAUUUUAUGGAUUAACCUUGAGAAUACGAUGCUGAAUGUAAUUUUUAAAAUUCUUAAGCCAAUAUGAUUUCUGUGCUUUUAAAGCUACACAGUAUGGUGGUUCAUAGACUCUUAAAUAAAAAUGUGAGUUUGAAUUAUGCCAUCUGUGCCAAUUACAAAGGAAUUAAAAGAUUAUUUUUUUACA